GAUAUCCUGUUAGGAAGCAGCUGGUCCGUACAAUCAUUGAUUUGAUGUGCCGACGAGGACCAAUGAGAUCACGUGAUGUGGCUGACCGUCUUGGGUUCGGUUCCAAGUUCGAGAUUAACCCUACACUGUACUACAUGCAGCGUCAUCGACUAGCUCAGCAGGAGAAUGCAUUCCCACUGAAGUGGGGUUUGCCUGAUGGCUACAACCAUGAGUUCAAUCGCUGGAGUGUGGAACAAGGCUUAAAGGAAGAGUCUGAAGAGGAUGAGAAUGACGAUGAAGAAGAAGAAGAUGAUGAUGAUGAGGAGGAAGAGGAGGUAAUGAUUAUAGACGACGAAACGCCUCAGCCAACGACAUCUGAGAUGAAAGCGCAGUCUUCAGGUGCAGCUGCACCGAUAGAGCUGUCUCCAGAACAGCAAGCACAGCUGCAGUUACUGAUGGCCAUGAAAUCCAGACCACUUGGUACAGCUAGUGUCAGUCAAUUGGAAGCCAAGUUACAAAUGUCUGCAGAGGAGAUCAACCAGUGGCUGCAGACGAUGGGAAAAGUUGGAUUGGUCUCAUUGGUGGACAAAGAUCAGAGCUUGUGGGUGAUGACAACUCAAGGGGAAAAUUAUCUAGCUGUAGCGACCCCAACAACUAAAAUAGCAACAGUGACAGAAAAAAGUGGGUCAGCAGGGCAGGCAAAAAGUGGGUCAGUAGGUCAAGCAAAAAGUGGAUCAAUCCGUCCAUUGCCACCUCACUUGUAUGUGACAGUGAAUCCAGAUUUUGCCCCGUCUGAAGAGGAGGUUACUCAAGCCAAGACUGAAGGCCAGAACAUGGACACAGAAGAGCCAGCCCAAGAGUCACAAGUAACAACAACAUUAGAACCACAGGAAGAAUCCGUGGUACAGGGCUCUACUGAGGAAACAUCUACGUCCACAACCACUUCCACAGUCACUUCCACAUCCACUUCCACAGCCACUACUUCGACCCCAAAAUCUGGGAGCAGGCCUCUACCUCCUCACAUGGUCGAAAUGGAACGAACUGGGAAACUGCCAGAGAAGUUUUUAGAAUCGCAGUUUCAUUUGUGCUCGAAGGAUCUGAAAGCGGACAAGGAUGUCGUGGCGGGAAAAUCAAACCCUCUAAUCAAAACGUACAAGUUUUCCACGCUUACCAAAGAGAGUUACGCAGUCCUGAACAAAAAUCCAAUCAGUGCAUUGAUGGAGUACGCUCAGUCCCGUCAGCUCAGCGCCUCCAUUGACCUCGUCAGGCAGAUAGGACCUCCACAUAAUCAGAGGUUUAUAAUGGCCGUCACCAUUGGCGACCGUCAUUUUCCGAGAGUCGAGGGAACCAAUAAGAAAGAGGCGCGAAAAGAAGCAGCAGACGUGGCGCUGCGACUUCUAGUGGAGGAAGGCGCUUUCAACACGAGCAAGAAAAAGAAGAAGAACGCCAGUGCUGUUGCCACGGCAAUGGACACCAGUUCUUCAUCCACAGGCACUGCCUCCCCUGGCAAGAGUGCCCCCGCCCUUAGCAAUGAGAGUUUUGCCGCCAUUAAUAAGAAUCCAAUCAGCGCUCUCAUGGAGUACGCCCAGGCUCGUCAACUCUCUGUUCAGAUCGAGCUGCUUACACAAUCAGGACCCCCUCAUGCUCCCAAAUUUGUGAUGGCAGCCACUGUGGGAGGGCGUCAGUUUCCGUGGGUGACCAAGUCCAGCAAGAAAGAAGGGAAAACCGAAGCAGCCCAGGCUGCGUUACAGUUGCUGAUUAGCGAGGGCUCGUACAGCUUGACGCCAGAAUCGUCUGUGCCUACAGAAAUUACAGGCAACAUGACACAUUUUGACAAAAUGGCUGCCUUGAGUCACCAGGCCUUCAACAGUCUAGCUGCAAAAGUCUUUGAGAGUUUUGUGGGGCGUAAAGUUAUAGCGGCCAUGAUUCUGAAACGAGGAGAAGAGGAUGAUGGGACAGUCAUCAGUGUAGGCUCCGGUAAUCGGUGUAUCACAGGUGACAAACUAAGCCUUGAGGGGAACACUGUCAAUGAUAGUCAUGCUGAGAUCAUAACACGGCGGGGGCUGCUCAGGUUUCUAUACCAGCAGUUGUUGUUGUACACACCCGGGGAGCCCCAUGAACUCUUUGAGGUGGCGCCCUCUGGGAAACUCAAGGUCAAAGACGGGAUAACUUUUCAUCUGUACAUAUCAACAGCACCUUGUGGAGAUGGAGCUCUUUUUUCACCAAGGGACAGCGAGAAUCGCCUAGUGGCUGAGGUGGACACAGGUCGGGAACAUCACCCGACCUUUACCAGCAAUGCGCAGGGACUGCUCAGGACAAAGAUGGAAGGAGGUGAAGGCACAAUUCCCAUUGAAUCAGACUUCAGAGGUCAGACAUUUGAUGGAAUCCAGCGUGGAGAGAGACUGAGGACGAUGUCGUGCACAGACAAAAUUUGUCGCUGGAACGUAGUUGGAAUGCAGGGGGCGCUGCUAAGCCACUUCUUGGAGCCCAUAUAUCUGGACUCUCUCACACUAGGUUACCUGUAUGACCAUGGACAUCUGGCCCGUGCCGUGUGUUGCCGUCUGGCCCGGGGGGACCCACCCCUUAGUGACAGUCUUCCUGAUGGCUUCCACCUGAACCACCCCUGGCUGGGACGCGUCACGAUGUGUGACCCCCCAAGAGAGACCCAGAAAACUAAAGCUGACAGCAUCAACUGGUGUUUGGGAGACGAGACCCCGGAAGUGCUGGAUGGUACUUUGGGGAUUUGCAAUACUGGCAUUGAGAAGACGUUAUUCUCAAGAGUGCGAAAGAGAGCACUGUAUGAGAAGUUCCAGCAGGUGUGCAGGAAGUUUGACCGUUCUGACCUCCUUGGACUGGAGAGUUACAAUGAUGCAAAAAAUCAAGCUGUAGAUUUUCAGACUGCAAAGGCGGCCAUGUUGAAAACAUUUGCGGUCAACAAGUGUGGGCCUUGGGUGGGAAAACCAGUUGAGGAAGGAAUGUUUUCAUGAUAAGAGCUAUCUGCUGUUUGGUUGUCAUGAUUGGAAAUCAUUGUCUUGACGCUGCAUAAGUUCAGAAUUCAUGGACUGCCAUUUUAUGUUUGGCUGGUGUUUUUAUUUGAUAAAAAUGUGAAGGAAAUUCAUCAGUCUGAUGGAGAUUUCAAAUUAGUUUAAUUCUUUUAACCUUUCAAGCUUUGAGCCAGUUUUUUGAAUCAAGGACAAAAGGUGACAUCCAACUUGUGAAUACUUCAUAUUUUUGACAGUUUGAUGGUAAAUUUUACAGAAGAAGUCCUUUAUUUUGCCCCGAAAUUACACAAUUAUCACAUCUUGAGAAAGGUUUGAUCUUUGUGAGCAAACGUUUAGGUGUGAAAUUCUAUAAGAUUGGAUGAAGCAGAUAAAGAACAGCUUUUCUCCACUUUUUAAACAGGAGAGUAACCUCAAGGGAGGUAAUUUGGGUCGUGUGCUGUCAUUAUAAAUUUCAUCAUUGUUAAUACAUGUAAAGUAUCAUUACCUUAAAAGCACUUCACGAAGAGCUCUUAACCUUGAGCCACUUAUAUACCUACAAAUGAUCCAAAAGUGUAUUAAAAUUUUCUUUCCGAGUUAGCCCUGGACAAGCCACUAGGCAUAUAUUGUCCGUUGACCAAUAAAAAUAGUUACGCCCCUUUUUUGUGACAUAUUGCCGAAUGCUCAUCUACAUGAAUCACUUGUGGAUUUUACUGGUUCUCCAGUCUGUCGGUUUUACUCAUUUUUAUGCAUGCAAAUAACACAAAAAGAUGAAAAUACAUGUAUUUACAUUUGAGUUCCCAAAUUUCCUGGA